UUCACGCCUGCGCAGUGCGGUGAACUGAAGUGCUUCCUGCUUGCUGUAUCGCGGUGCUGUCACUGUGAAUGUAGCAAGCGGUGAAGGUUAAAGUAGUAGACGUGCAACUCUGAGACGUGCGUCCUGUCCAGAAAGUUACAUUGUAUGUCCGAAGAGGACUUGUGAUACUUUCUGUCCGUAAAGUGGGAUGCAAACAGUGGGGAAACUCAUGAAGGUUUUCGUGACGAGGCGCAUCCCGCAGGAGGGAAUGAAGAUCCUGUCAGCAGCUGGAGUGUGUGAGGUGUGUCUGUGGGACUCAGAUGAACCUGUACCCAGAGCAGAGCUGCUCAAAGGUGUGCAGGGGGCUCACGGUCUCCUGUGUCUGCUGUCAGACAAGAUCGAUGUGGAGGUCCUGGAUGCUGCAGGGCCAAACCUGAAAGUAAUCAGCACCUUGUCUGUGGGAUUUGACCACAUGGCUAUGGAUGAAAUUAAAAAACGUGGUAUACGUGUGGGAUACACUCCAGAUGUCCUGACUGACGCCACAGCAGAACUGACUGUGGCUCUGCUGCUGGCUACAGCUCGCAGGUUACCUGAAGGAGUGGAGGAGGUCAAGAAUGGUGGCUGGAGCUCCUGGAAGCCACUCUGGCUGUGUGGUUAUGGCCUCUCUGGCAGCACAGUGGGAGUCAUUGGACUGGGACGCAUUGGUAUGGCCAUUGCUCGCAGACUCAUGCCGUUUGGAGUGAAGAGGCUGUUAUAUUCUGGGAGAACAGCCAAGGCAGGCGCUGCUGAGCUAAAUGGAGAGUUUGUUCCUCUGGACACACUCGUGACUGAGAGCGACUUCAUUGUUGUUUCCUGCUCUCUGACACCAGAAACUCAGGGAAUGUGUGACAAGGCCUUCUUCAGCAAGAUGAAAAACACCGCUGUCUUCGUCAACUCGAGCAGGGGGGCUGUGGUGAACCAGGAGGACCUGUAUGAGGCUUUGAAGAGCGGCCAGAUAGCUGCAGCUGGAUUGGAUGUCACAACACCUGAGCCACUCCCAACAAACCACCCCCUUCUUACACUCAAAAACUGUGUGGUGUUGCCUCACAUCGGCAGUGCCACCUACUCCACAAGAGGCAUCAUGGCUGCCUUGACGGCCCGAAACCUGCUGGGUGGUUUACAGGGAACCGACAUGCCCAGUGAACUCACCUUCUAGAGCCUGAAACCGAGCUGCUGUGCCUUCAGCCUGCUCUGAUGCUACCUGGAUAUCAGAUGGUCUCAAAUGUGAAAUCAAAGUGGUGAAGGGAUAAAAACAUACUGGACUGCAAUCAAAACUAAGAAUACUAAUAUAAUUCAGACAAGCUCAGAUAACGUUUACAUCAUGUCAUUUAAACUUGAUGUUUUCAUAGAUAUUAAUUGCACUCUGAGUAUACAGCUUGCAUUUGUGAGGAAGGAAAUGUUCUUAUGUAAUUUCAAGUUCUUAAAAAAGAAGCUAACAGCACUCCUUAAAAUGAUUAACCUUAACAUGAAACACGCCAUACUUUCUCAGCCUUAUGUGGAAGGUUGCAGUUAAAUUGCAUUGAAUUCAUUUGUUGCAUUUAAAAUGACUCCUAUAAAACAGAAUCAGUGGUUUGGUAUCUCUGUCUUUAUAAAAGUAAUUCUUGCCAGAAAGAUUAGCGUAACACUUUUUAGUCUGCACUUUAUACAAAUGGUAACACUCAGCACUCCAGUUUUGUAUAAAAUGGAAUAAAAUUCAUGAUUUAUUUUAAAUGCAAACCUCUUU